CGAUAGGUAAUUGAAAACGUCCGUUCCUUCAUUUCAGCGAGUUUAUAUUUGCAAUUCGUUGAUUGUAGUGUACGCGAAAUGCAAAUACACCACCAUCACUAGUUCAUUUAGGGCGGAGGAAACGGUGCGGUCUGGUUCAGACCAGACCAUAUAUAUGGUCUAUGGUCCAGACCGAGAGCCUGAAGUAUAGACCACAUACCAGACUACAAACUAUACGGUCUGGUCCAGGCCACGCCUGUGCGGUUUGAUUCGGUCUGGUCUGGUCUGGUUCAGAUAGACCACAUUCAAUGAAAAAUGAACAAUUUGUUUAGUCAACCACACAAAAAAUUGAACCAAUAACCAAGAAAAAUAAUUGUUAUUUGCCUUAAAACAUUAAUCCUAACAUGCAUGAAUAAUUUUGAUACCCUAAUUCUUAAUACAUAACAAAGAUUUAAAGUAAAAGCAUCCCAACUUGCACUAUAACGUCAUAAAACAUUAACAUAAUGUCAUAUUGAGACAUGAUUAUCUCUACUCUCUGGUUAAAUGUGGUUGUGAAUGAAGGAGAGACGAGAUUCACAAAAUUAAGGUUGAGACUUGGGUGUCGUUGUGGGAAUUGGGAAAGUGGUCAAAUGGGCUGUUAACACAUAUUGACAAGUCGGUUGGGUCCACGGUUUGGUCCGAUAAACCGCGGUCUAGACCAGACCAGACCAAGAGAUCAAAACAUAAAAUAAUACAGACCAUGGACCAGACCAAACCAUACUUAACGGUCUACGGUCAGGACCAAACUGUACGGUACGGUUUGGACCAUGGUUUUUCUAACGGUCUGAUCUAUUUUCCCAGCUCUACGUUCAUCCUUGAAUCUCAUGUACCAUAAUUGAGUGGGGAUAAGGACUAAGAGAAGUCGCAGCCCUAUGAAUGCAGUGAUCUCUAGAACCAACUAGACAUUAGAGAACAGUUUCCCCAAGCCCAAGCAAGGAGUUAAAUGUAAACGACAGGUCCCUAUCUAUACUGCAACUGAUAAUGCAGACAUCAACUCAUCAAAACCAAAACCAGUUUGCAGCCAUAGAAGUAGAACACAAUUCCUGAACUAGGACAUUGUAUUUAAUUCCAGGAUUGUGACAACUAACUUGUGUGCCAAGUAAUUUCAGAUUCAAAGCACGGUGGUGGAAGUGAACAUAUCAUCAGAUCAGAUCCUCCUAUCUAAAAGCCCUUUCAUUGUCAAGUGCAAUAAAUUUGCCCUUCUCUCCUUGUGUAGUUGUAUCUCGAUUACACUCCGUCCUUCCUUGCUAGCUAGCCCCACUCUAUAAAAGGAACUCAAACCAAGCAAGUGCUGCAGCAAACUGAUCAGCUCUAGCAAAGAGAAACUGUUAGUUCAAGAUGAAUGCAAUCAGAAGCAGUUCAGCAUCAUCAUCGUCAGGGUUUCAGAUGCCACUCCACUAUCCAAGGUUCAAGAAGAAAGACUACGAGACGAUGCCUGAGUGGAGGCUGGAUUGUUUGCUUAAGGAGUACGGUCUGCCUGUUGUUGGAGAUGCCGAUGAGAAGAGGAAGUUCGCCAUGGGAGCUUUUCUUUGGCCUUCAGAGCAGUGAAGAUAUCAGAAAACAGUUCCCUGUGGCAUUUGUUCUUGUCAUACAUGAUCGACUCUGUUAAAAGUUAAAACCGCUCCAUAAAUAAUCCUUAGUUAAGAGAUCAAAGCCCAUUUUCGUAGCUUUCAUACGAGAUUUCCUCAUCAGGGUGAAGCUCAAUCUUGAUAUGUAUAUCUGUGAUCUGUUAUGGCUACGCAUACUAGCUUCUAACUCUAAGAUUAGUAUGUAAUAUUAUUUGCAGUGGUUGUAAGUCAUUCAUGUUGUUGGUAUUUGAAGAAUUCAGAGAAAUGAACAGCAAUGUUCACAGCUAACAGGAUGUAAGAACACAAAAACUAAAAAGAAUGCCACAUUUGCAAUCUAUUUCCCAUGUUUAUGCAAUCCACUUUCCAGGUUGAAAUGAUUUUCAACAAUUAGUUGUUUACUAAAAUCCGCCAAACAUGUCACACAAUAAACACUUGACAUUAACAAUGAAGAUCGAACGUAAUUGAAUCAUAAUAGAGUUAAGUCCUCAUACUACAUGCUUUGCUGGUGUUCUUCAUCGUGAACCCUGUUUAAGCUAACUUUUUUUCCCCUUGACCACACCCAACUUGCUAGGGCUCUGCUUAUUUCUUAGACCUUUCAUAAUCUGAUUCUCUCUAAAGUCCUUAUAAAGCAAUAAUUCUCUCUGAAUACUAAUUUUACCUGGCUAGCAAAACCCAGAUGGAAAAAAAAUUUGUAGAAUGAUUGCAAAAUUCGACAAUGCCAUUAUCCAAUAUUAUUCUCUUACCUUUGGCUAGUCAAUUAUUUAGCAAUUAACAAUACCCAUAAGUUGGCAUGCAAAGUUGUCAUUCACCUACUAUUUAGUUGUUUCUCUCAGCCGUUUCAACAAGAACAAAAUCAAACACAAAUUGAACUAUCUUGGGAAUGUUUGUUGGCAUUGGCUGUCCAAAUUCCAUUCUUGUUAUAUUUGGGUGUCAGAAUCUUUUGUUGGCUUUUGCUGGCAAACCCCUCAAAACGGACGCUAAUGAAAGACCAAACCAAAUUUAUCUUCUACGCAUAAAAAUAAAAAAAUGAUGAUGAGAAAAUAGAGAAAUACAUAAAGAAAUCACUUCUUAGUAUAUAGUUUCUCUGACCUUCUUAAUUAGUUGUCUUACUAAUUACCAGUAAUGAGCUUAUUUCUAACUUUUUGAUGAUGUAUGGAGUCCAUCAUGACUCAUUAUUACAAAAACUUUUAGAUUCCAAAAUAAAUAUGUUUGUUUGAUAUUUUCUUCCUGUUAGGUGUAAACACUUCCCAACUUUAAAUUUUGGAAAUCAUUUUUUUAUCACUUCAUCGCUGCUUAAUUUUCAUAAUACCAUCAAACAAAACUAGAUUUUUACCCGGCCCGUUGGCCGGAGAGAUUUAUUUUAUAAUUUAUAUUAAUUAACUUAUUUAUAUGUUUAAAUCAUUUUGAAUUUUCAAAUUAUUUUGUGUUGUUUGAUUGAUAACAGAGUUUGUAAUAUGUCUUUAUUGAAAACUUUCAAUUUAGCACACUCACUUGUGAUGCUUCGGUUUCUAAUCAUAAAUUAUACCGCUGUCA